GGGUGUGCGAUUGCCCCACUUUGAUUGAGACCGACGAAAAAGCGCUCUCCCUUCCCCCCUCUCUCUCCCCCUGUCCCUCGAAUCAGCCUUUCUUCUUCUCUAGAACGAUCAGAGAUUUCUCCGCCGAGAGCUCUCUUCCCUCUCUCGAUCGCAGGGGAGAAACAGCCAAAAGAAAACUCACCAAAAACUUCUAGCCAAUCGUCGAAGGGGCAGAGAGAGAUAGAGAUCCUUUUUAUUGUUCAGUAUUAGGGUUUUAGGACAUUCACUAGGCGAGAAGAAGAAACGAUGUCUGGUCUCCAUCGGUCAUCAAGCGCCCCAUCGAAGAACAGCGGCGGUUCUCUCCCUUCCAAGGAACUUCUGGACGAUCUCUGUAGUCGAUUUGUUCUGAAUGUCCCAGAAGAAGAUCAGCAGUCGUUCGAGCGAAUUCUGUUUCUUGUGGAGUAUGCCUAUUGGUACUACGAAGAUAAUUCUGUGGAAAAAGAUCCGACGCUGAAAUCACUGACUUUGAAGGAGUUCACUUCACUUUUGUUUAACAGUUGUGAUGUGUUGAGACCUUAUGUCGCUCAUAUCGAUGACAUAUUCAAAGACUUCACUUCUUACAAGUUCCGUGUUCCUGUGACUGGAGCAAUCAUCCUCGAUGAGACAUAUGAACGGUGCCUGCUGGUGAAAGGAUGGAAAGGUUCAAGCUGGAGUUUUCCUCGUGGAAAGAUAAGCAAGGACGAGGAGGACCAUGAAUGUGCCAUACGCGAAGUCCUAGAGGAAACUGGAUUUGAUGUCUCAGAGCUACUGAAGAAGGAGGAAUACAUUGAAUUUGUAUCCAGGCAGCAAAGAGUACGGCUCUUUAUCAUUCCCGGGGUGAAAGAUUCUACAUCUUUUGCACCACAAACGAAGAAAGAGAUCAGUGAAAUUGCAUGGCAUCGGCUUGAUGAUCUUCAGCCAGCGAGCACUCAGGUGAUAACUCGUGGAGUUACAGGUCUUAAGCUGUACAUGGUGGCACCUUUUCUCGCAUCGUUGAUGUCGUGGAUAUGGAAGCACCCUGCGCCUGUAACUCGGAGACCUGACGUCCCACUUAAAGCACUCUGCGUGUGGAAAGUUAAUCACCAGGCUUUCGUCGGGAACAGCGCCGCAACAAUGGAGUCGGAGGGGAAGGGUAGUAGGAAGAAGCCUGCAACUGAGCAUCAUCAUCAUCACCUUCCUCGUCCGGACACAGGGCCCGGACAAAGUCUUAGGAACUUCAGAUUCAACGCGUCCGAAAUCCUACGAGUGAUGGAAGCUGGUUUUUCUGGCCAUCUUGACUUGCAAGCCAUCUUAUGAUGUGGAUCUCCUCUCGUGUAUAUAUUGAUCGAUGGGUUAGUUUUUUUCCAAGUCUUUGGUCUCUGUGAAUUGGGUUGUGUACAUACGAUGUCUAGUGUAGUCUUGAAUAGCAGCAACAAGAACCCCCUUUACAUUUUGUUAAAAAAAUAAGUUGGAAAAUCAAACAGAUUAAAGGAAUUAAUAUUUUUUAAUGA